AUGGCCGGCGCCCGCGUCUCCCAGGCCCGCACCUCUGUGGUCGCCGUGUUGCUCUUGUGCGCUCUUGGCCUCCAGGGCACCGAGACGGGGCCACCACCUGGCCCCCCUGGGCUGCCUGCAGGAGCUGCCUGCCUGGACCGCUUUACCCCCGGGGUACCCGACUUUGUGCUGGAUACUGACGCCUCAGUCAGCAACGGGGCCACCUUCUUGGGCUCCCCAGUCGUGCACCGCGGCUGGGACUGCGUGCGCGCCUGCUGUACCACCCAGAACUGCAAUCUGGCGUUGGUGGAACUGCAGCCCGACGGCGGGGAAGACGCCAUCGCCGCCUGCUUCCUCAUCAACUGCCUCUACGAGCAGAACUUUGUGUGCAAGUUCGCGCCCAGAGAGGGCUUCAUCAACUACCUCACGCGGGAGGUUUACCGCUCCUACCGCGAACUGCGGACAAAGGGCUUUGGAGGGUCCGGGAUCCCCAAGAUCUGGGCAAACAAAGACCUGAAGGUACAGCCCCAGGAACCUCUGGUGCUGAAGGGUGUGGGGAACACAGAUUGGCACCUGCUUCAGGGAAACUCACCCAUCAAGAUAGAGAGGAAUAAUCCGGACCAGGUGGAGCUGUGGGGCCUCACGCAAGGCAGCUACCAGUUCCAGAUGACCAGCUCGGACCAGGCAGGCAGCACGUCCAACAUCACGAUCACCGUGCUGUCUGACAAGCAGACGGAAGACUACUGCCUUGCAUCCAGUAAAGUGGGUCGCUGUCGAGGUUCCUUCCCUCGCUGGUACUAUGACCCCAAAGACCAGCUCUGCAAGAGCUUCGUUUAUGGCGGUUGCUUGGGCAACCUGAACAACUACCUCCGGGAAGAAGAGUGCAAGCUAGCCUGCCGCAACGUGCAAGGUGGGCCUGUGCAUGCUUUGGGCUUGGGGUUGUUGGGAGGCCCCUCACUGGAAAGGCACCAUCCAGUCCCCGUGUGCUCUGCCACCUGUAACCCCACGGAGUUCCGCUGCAGUGACGGUUGCUGCAUUGACAGCUUCCUGGAAUGUGACGACUCUGCUGACUGCCCCGAUGCCUCUGACGAGGCCUCCUGUGAGAAAUACACCAGCGGCUUCGAGGAGCUCCAGAACAUCCAUUUUACCAGUGACAAAGGGCAUUGUGUGGACCUGCCAGACACUGGCCUGUGCUGGGAGAGCAUCCCCCGCUGGUAUUAUAAUCCCUUCAGCCAGACCUGUGCUCGCUUUACCUAUGGUGGUUGUCAUGGCAACAAGAACAACUUUGAAGAGGAGCAGCAGUGCCUUGAGUCCUGCAGGGGCGUGUCCAAAAAAGACGUGUUCGGUCUGCGGCGGGAAAGCCCCAUUCCCAACUCCGGCUCUGUGGAGGUGGCCAUCGCCGUGCUCCUGGCUACCUGCAUUGUGGUGGUGGUGGCUAUCCUGGGUUACUGUUUCUUCAAGAACCAGAGGAAGGGCUUCCACAGACAUCGACACCGCCGCCCCCCACCCCCUACUCCCACCAGCUCCACAGUCUCGACCACUGAAGACACAGAGCACCUGGUCUACAACCACACGACCCGACCCCUCUGAGCCUGAGGCAC